GCAAAAUGAUUUCUUUUUCCCGCUCGCUGCCCCCGGUGGACGUGAUCCGUCCCGAUUGCAUAGCGGCACCGCAGAAUUUGUCAAUCGAAUAGAGCACGAGUCUAAUAUCUAGUUUGAGAUGUCGAUAUUCAGAGGCAGCCCCAGCCAAAGACGAUGCAUCUCUAGUGGCGGCUAUUCGCUCGUCUUGAUUCCUUCCGCCCUAGCUUCUGUCUCUUGCCCUCCUCGGUUCGUUCUCUGAAAUUUCGCUACUUGAGACAACCAUGCUCAAAAGUCGGUCGAGCAUGGUGUACUGCACUGUUCUCGUGUAGGUGCUGUACUUACUAGUAUUACCAAAUUAUGCCUAAGAGUAGGUAUUCCCCAGGUGCUUUUUGCUACCUGCCUGCCUGGCCAUGAAAUGCACAGAGAGAAGGAAGGUUGGUAGCAAUGGCAGUUUACAUUCCCUCUAAUCGAGCUUCACCACCUUUGUCUGCCAGAUUCUGCCACCUCCCGUCGUUUCCUUUCAGCUGUCACAAUCUCUCUCUCUUUAUCCAUCUCUUUUUUCUUCCUCCUCUCUCAUCAUCCUCAUUUGAUUUUUUUCUCUAUUUGAGCUUUUGCCUGCUUACUUGCUUGCUUGCUUGCUUGCUUCCUCCUCCUCCUGUUUGAGUUUCGCCCCGCGUUUUCUUGCUCAUUCUUUUUUCAUACGAAGCGACGUCAUCCUGCAGGUGAGACUUUUUGUGUGUUGCUCUUCAUGGAAUUUCCAUCUGCUGAGUGUCCAAAUCCACUCUUCUGUUCGCCUCUACGACUCUCCCUUUCGUCAACAUGCAGCGCGUCGUCAUAGCAAUCCGAGCUGCGCGCAAAGCUGCGCAUGUAUGCGCUCGAGAGCUGAUUGGCAAAACGCCUGGCCGGGUGCCUGACCGAGUUUGCCCAACUCCACCUUCACAUCACGCACCAUUCCCGAGUUCCUGUUUGAUUCCCCUGCCCGGCCGUCUUACAUUAGCCUUUUAGCAUGCGCAAAGCUUC